AGUCGUGGUUCAAGCCGGCGUGGUUCCUACACACCAAGCCGGGCGACUGGCUCAACAUGGGCGAGGACGGGUACCGGUGGAGGGCGGCGCAGUGGCGGUGGGAGGCGGGAGGGAGAGACGUGUGUCGCGACGAGGUCGGACCGACCCAGGGCGAGGAGCUCCUGCGCGAGCUCGUUGAGCAUGGAGGGUGGCUCAUCGUCGGAGACUCGCUCGCCGAGCAGCACUUCUUCUCGCUCGGCUGCGUCCUGUUCCCGCACGUCUACGUCGUGUGGGGCGCCGGCUGGCAGGAGCAGCACAUGUACCUCUCGCCCGACUCGCCCCUCGUCGCCUCGCUCGACCUCCCGCCCUCGUUCGACCUCGCCAAGACGCCCCUCGUCACCAACCUGCGCUCCGACCACGGCUUCACCAAACCCGAGCUCGUCGACAUCUACGAGUCGACGCCGCAGAGCGCCGAGACGCCCUCGGCGCAGCUCUUCACCGACUACCCGGUCGACUCGCCGCCCGUCGAAGACUACCUGUCGCGGUUCGUCAAGCGCGAGAACCGGUACCGCGCCCUCGUGUUCAGCACGGCGGCGCACUUCACGCCUCGCGAGUUUGCCUUCCCCGCCGGCCAGAGCGCGAUCGGGACCUUCUUUGCCGCCGUCGCGCAGCGGUGGGUCGACGUCGCCGCGCGGUACCUCGUCGAGCAUGGGCAGGACGACGAGGGCGACGGCAUCGAGCGCGAGGUCAUCGUGCGCGGCGCGAGCAGCGGGCACGACGCGUGCCACGAGCGGGUCGGUGGCCCGCUCAACGCGACCGAGCGGCCCGAGCAGGAGAGCUACAACUGGAGCGAGAUCCCGAGGUACAACGGCAUCUUUGCGGACCUCGUCCAGAAGGCGGGCCACCCGAGGUUGUCGUACCUGUCGCUCGAGCGCCCGAGCCAGCUUCGCCCAGAUGCCCACUCGGAGGACUGCCUGCACUACGCCGUCGGGACCGGCGUGUUCGAGGGCUGGACCGACUACAUCGCCUACUUCCUGCGCUCCAGAUGGCGAGGAGGACGAGGAGGAGGAGAUCUCGCGCCGGUCGACGCAUAGGCGAGCGAGCGAGGGAGGAGCUGGAAGUCUGGGUUUUUCCUCGCCA